CGAGGCAGACAGCGGCGUCCAAGGGGCGCUCAGUGCGCCUGCGCCUCGUGGAGCUGGUGGCGGUGCUUGGUGGGACUCGGCUGUUCGCGCGGCGGGCGCGGCCAUGGCGCAGCUGGGCAGGCUGCUCAAGGAGCAGAAGUACGACCGGCAGCUGAGGUUGUGGGGUGAUCAUGGGCAAGAGGCUUUAGAAUCUGCUCAUGUUUGCCUAAUAAAUGCAACAGCCACAGGAACUGAAAUUCUUAAGAACUUAGUAUUACCAGGUAUUGGUUCAUUUACAAUUAUUGAUGGAAAUCAAGUCAAUGGAGAAGAUGCUGGAAAUAAUUUUUUCCUUCAAAGAAGCAGUAUUGGCAAGAAUCGUGCUCAAGCUGCCAUGGAAUUCUUAAAAGAAUUAAAUAGUGAUGUCUCUGGAAGUUUUGUGGAAGAGAGUCCAGAAAACCUUCUAGACAAUGACCCUUCAUUUUUCUGUAGGUUUACCAUUGUGGUUGCAACUCAGCUUCCUGAAAGUAUGUUACUACGUUUAGCAGAUGUCCUCUGGAAUUCCCAAAUCCCUCUUUUGAUCUGUAGAACAUACGGACUAGUUGGUUAUAUGAGGAUCAUUAUAAAAGAACAUCCAGUAAUAGAAUCUCAUCCAGAUAAUGCAUUAGAGGAUCUACGACUGGAUAAACCAUUUCCUGAACUGAGAGAACAUUUUCAGUCUUAUGAUUUGGAUCAUAUGGAAAAAAAGGACCAUAGCCACACGCCAUGGAUCGUGAUUAUAGCUAAGUAUUUAGCACAGUGGCAUAGUGAAACAAAUGGACGAAUACCUAAAACGUAUAAAGAAAAAGAAGACUUCAGAGAUUUGAUUAGACAAGGAAUUUUAAAGAAUGAAAAUGGGGCUCCAGAAGAUGAAGAGAAUUUUGAAGAAGCUAUCAAAAAUGUGAACACGGCACUAAAUACAACGCAGAUCCCAAGCAGUAUUGAAGAUAUAUUUAAUGAUGAUUGCUGCAUAAAUAUCACCAAACAGACUCCAUCAUUUUGGAUUUUAGCUCGUGCCUUAAAGGAAUUUGUGGCCAAAGAGGGUCAAGGAAAUUUACCUGUUCGAGGCACAAUUCCUGAUAUGAUUGCAGAUUCAAGCAAAUACAUAAAACUGCAAAAUGUUUACCGUGAGAAAGCAAAGAAAGAUGCUGCUGCUGUGGGUAAUCAUGUUGCCCAAUUGCUGCAGUCUAUAGGCCAGGCACCAGAGUCCAUUUCAGAGAAAGAAUUAAAAUUACUCUGCAGCAAUUCUGCAUUUCUUCAAGUGGUAAGAUGUCGAUCCUUAGCUGAAGAAUAUGGCUUAGAUACAAUUAACAAGGAUGAAAUUAUUUCCAGCAUGGACAGUCCAGAUAAUGAAAUAGUAUUAUACUUGAUGUUACGGGCUGUUGAUAGAUUUUAUAAACAACACGGUAGAUAUCCAGGAGUAUCUAACUAUCAAGUUGAAGAAGAUAUAGGAAAACUGAAGUGUUGUCUCACUGGCUUCCUUCAGGAACAUGGAUUAUCUGUAAUGGUGAAAGAUGAUUAUGUCCAUGAAUUUUGCCGAUAUGGAGCUGCUGAGCCACACACCAUUGCUGCUUUCUUAGGGGGAGCUGCUGCUCAAGAGGUUAUCAAAGUAAUUACCAAACAAUUUGUAAUUUUUAAUAAUACAUACAUUUAUAGUGGCAUGUCACAAACUUCAGCAACUUUCCAGUUGUAAAAUAAGCAUCCUGUGUAGUGUGUGAAUGAUUGAAACUGUAAUCCUUGCCCUCAGGUUGUGCUCUAGUCUGUAAAAUUCUGCUAAGGGAGAACUGUUAAAAUGUUUCCUUAAUAAACAUUUUUUUCGCAUUUGUAAUAAUGUAGUUUUGUUCUUUGAGGGAAGGGGAAAGGGAUCAGUCCUUCUGUCAGAGAAUAAACGCUAUCCAUUUCUGAGUUAAUUAUUUCUGGCUUGCUAAUUAUUUACAGAAAUCCUUUGUUAGAAAUAGUGUAAAAUAUUUUUCUUCUUACAGUCUUAAAUAAUGAAUUUAAGCCAUGUUCAGAAUCUAGCUGUGGACAUCUUAGGGACCAUCACUAUUUGUUAAAAUUAAUAGAAUUUUUAAAGACAAUUAUUUCAAAUGUACAGUUUCGUCAGAAAACAAGGACAGGAUGUGACGAGGAGGGAAGGUUGGGAGAGAGGAAUGAGAUGCAGGCUUGAGGCUCCGAUGGCCGGCCAGCGGCUGGGCUCCGACCCCAGAGCCCGCCUUCCUGACACCUUGCUAAAAACCGGGGGCAGCGAGGCUCCGCUGGGGGGCGGGACGGAGCGACCGGAAGUCCUGCCACGCGGAAGUGUGACUUCUUGGUGGGAAACGGGUACGGCGUCGUAGUAGGCGGGUGGAAAACGGUGGGCGCUCAACGCGCUGCGACUUGAGGUUAAAGGCUACGGCCUCCGCUCCCGGCGCUUCUGGGUCCUGACUUCGCCGCGCCUCGGAACCUGUUGGUUGCCAGGUGUAGAAGGCGGGCUGCGGCAGGCAGGCCCGGGUCAGCCCUCACAGCGGCCGGGCUGCGAACGCCCCGCUGCGCCCUCCCUAACCGGCUCUUGUGAG